AUGGAUAAUUAAAUUGAAUAAAAGAGUUUAUUCAAAACAAAGUUUAACCACUCCACACGUAACAUCUUUCAACAAACUAAAUUCACCAAACAACAAUUCUUUAGGUAUUCAAAUAAAUUCAAAUAUCAUCCUAGAAGUUCAAGUCAAAAUUAUUCUCAUGAAAAGCUGGAAGUUCUCGAAACGAAUAAAGAAGAUGAAAAAGAUUAAUUUGUGUCCUAGCCAAUCAAUUCCUGUUUUGAAAGAGUCCUGGAUCGAAAGCAUAGCAUAUAAAGCAAUCUUGGUUCCAUUAAAGAGCUCUCAGUUUCUGAUUAAAUAGCCGAUCCUACCUAAUAAUAGGAUAUAAACAACGAGAAUGCCGAGUAAAAUACCCAAUAAAACACACAUUCAGUUAGUGGAGCACCUCAAAAUACCCUUAGAAAUAAGAGGAAGCUUAAGAGAUUACCAAGAUUUGAUGAAGAACGAGAGCCACCAAAGGUUUAAGAUGAAUUCAAACUUAUCAUAAUGCCGAAUAACAAAUACAAGUAAUUUUGGGAUGUGGGUUUGUUUCUAAUUCUUAUUUAUGUGUCUAUAUUCACGCCCUUCAAGAUUGGGUUCGUUUAAGAUGGAGAGUAUUUGGUCUGGGAUUACUUGGAUAAUGCUAUUGAUUUCAUUUUUAUGACAGAUAUUGUACUUACAUUCCUGAGUGCGGCAUAUGAUGAUGAAGGCAAUUUGGUAACGGAGAGGAAAGCAAUAAUGCUUAACUACCUCAAAGGAUGGUUCAUUAUUGACUUAAUGUCGUCAAUUCCGUUUUACUUUAUUUUGAAUGAUACUUCUCAGAGAUACAAUAGCAUCGCACGUAUUUCCAAAGUUCCCAAAAUAUACAGAGUCAUUAAAAUGAUCAAAUUGGCAAGGAUGUUCAGGUUAAAAGAAAUAUAAUAUGUUAAAGUUAUCAAUAUCAACAUCGGAAAUGAGAGAUUUAUUCUUGCAUUUCUCUUACUCAUAUUUUCAUGUCAUGUAGUGGGAUGUAUUUGGUUUUUUGUGGCAACCUUAUCUGAAGAAGAGGAUUGGGUGUACUUUGAGUCCCAUACAUUUGAUUAAUACAUAGUCUCCAUGUAUUGGGCAGUAUAAACAGUGUUGACAGUUGGCUAUGGUGAUAUUAAAUUCUACUCCUGGUCAACAAGAAUUUUUGCGAUUGUUUGGAUGUUAUCAUCAGUUUACGUUUUUUCGUUUGCAGUUGGUUCUCUAGCCUCAUUCCUAGACAGAUUAGAUUAAAAUAAUCAAAUCUACUUAAAUCGUUUGGCCACUCUUAAAAAUAUAAAACAGGAAUUUAAAAUAUCCAAAAAAAUGUUUUUGAAGGUGAAAAGAGAACUCAAACAUGGCAAAAGGGAUUUUUCAUAACAAUACCAUAUCCUAUUAGAUGAAUUACCACCAAUAUUGAAAACAGAGUUGAGUUAUAUUAUGAAUAAGCAUCUCAAAGAAGAGAUAGGGUACUUUCACGAUAAAUCUCAAUAAUUUAUAUCAGCAAUAGGCCCUUUACUCAAACCAAUUAAGUUAGAAGCGAAUGAGUUUGUAUAUUGCACGGGUGAUUUAGCAGAGGAAAUCUAUUUUGUGAAAAGCGGAAAAUUAGCUAUUGUUUUACCUGAUUAAUAGAAUUUUAAAUUUAUGAUGAUUAAACCAGGAUCAUAUUUUGGAGAAUUAGAUAUUCUAUUUUAUGGAGAAAAAAGAAAAUAUACUAUAAUGACAACUAAGCCUAGUGAAUUUUAUGUACUUUCUAGAAAAGAUUUUAAAUCAAUUUACUUACAUUAAUUUAGAGAUGAAGGCUAAGUCUUAGUGAAUGAAGCUUUAUAAAGAAAGGUUAUGAUAAAAAGUGCCUAUGAUGAUGCUCUCAGUUUCUUAGGAGAAGAUACGAAUUUGUAAUAACCUCGUGUGACAACUCAUAAAACUAGUAAAUUUAAAGUUGUUGACAACGCAACCAGUCCCUAAGUUGAUCCAAAAUUAGUAAUUUAAUAAAAGACAGAAGAUUAUAGUAACAAUGACGAUGGCUUAAUUAAUUUUGACAAAAUAUAAUUUAAAAAAAAAAUUAGUGCUCUUGAAAAAUAAAUUAAAAUAAAGGAUCAAAUUAUAGCUAAUAUCCAAUAAGAAUUGGAUGAAUUGAUGAAUCAAAUUUAACAUUAAGUUAGUGAUGAUAUUAUAGGUCGAUUUAAAAUUACAAAAAGUAUGGAGGAAAUGAUGUAACUUAGAAGACAAUUAAAAGCAACUAAAAAAAUGGAAGAAACAAUCAAAUCGUAAAGGCAGAUUUAUCGUUCUGCGCAUUAGUCUAAAUAAUUCUAGAUUGAUUGUCGUAAAUAUUCAAGCUCUGUUGAAUAAGCAAAGUUGCUUAACAGUCUAUGGGAAGAAUGA